AUGUUUGCCAUUAACAGUUCGCCAUACAAUUUCACAAGUUUGUUCGAUACUUUGCAAAGCUUGCAACAGUUUCAGAACUAUCAAAUGCAAUUGCAGGCUCAGGAAACCAGACCUAAGAUUGUGAAAAAGGUCGAAACUGAGGAUGCAUAUCAGAUCCAAAUUUUCAAAAAGAGUGGAAACUUCAACUCCUAUGAGGUUAAAGUUUUGAGAAAUGCCUAUCCUUAUCACCACAACAAGAGCAACUUGGUCAAUCUUGUCAUUGAAUCUGAAGAAGAUGAAUUCAGAAAGGUGUUCCAGUUCAACUUGCAGGACAUUGAUGUCAAUGCCAUUGAUUGGGAGUACCAUGAAGCUCAAAACGUUUUGGUCUUGAAUGUUCCAAAAAAGGUUCAUUAUUGUUCUGAUGACUACCCUAACAGCUUCCUCGCAAGUCUACUCGGUGUCCCUCAACCAAUGAGAUGUGUGUCUUGUGGCUCUUUUCCAAUGAAGCAAGACUACUCCCUUGGAUCUCGCCAGUCUGAAGCCGAAGAAAGAGCGGAAGAGAGCGAGAGUGAGCGUAGAAAGCUCGAAAGAGAGAUCAGAAGACAAGAAGAUGCGGAGCUUGCCGCUUCCAGAAAAGCCGAAAGGGAAAGAAGAGCAGCUGAGCUUGCUAGAAUAGCUGAAGAAGAAGCAAAGAAAGCUGAACUUGCCAGACAGGAAGCUGCUAGAAAGGCUGAAGAAGCCAGAAAGAAGCAAGAGCAUGCCAGAAAGGUAGCUGAAGAAAGAGCUAGACGGGAAGCCUUAGUCAGACAGAGGAAACAGGAAGAAGAAAGAAGGAGACAACAAGAAGAGAGGAAGAAACGGGAGGAAGAAUAUAGGAAAAACUUCGCCCAGCAACAGGAAAUCAUUAAGCAGCUUUUCGGUGGAAAUGUCUUCCCAUUUGGUAAUUUUGUUGUGCCUCCAGAACCAAAACUGGAAGUUGAGCCUGAAAAGGUAGAGAACAACAAACCUGAAGGGUUCCAACAACUGGAUGGCUCAAAACCUGAAAUCCGUACGCAGAAAGAGGCCACAAAGGAAGAAUCAAACCUGGUGUCCAACAAGAAGGAAGUUAAUGAUCACAGCGAGGCCGAGCUUUCUGAAACCGAGUCCAUUAACUCCGAUGCCGAAGAAGAGGCUGCUUCUGCAUCAAACGCCUCCACUCCUUCUUCUAAGUCUUCCACUGAUGAUUCUGAUGCCAGCAUGAAAAAAUUACAUAAGCAUCCAUCUUUGGAGGAAGUUGAAGAUGAGGAGUUUGUGAUGUUCAGAAAGAAGUUCGGCCAAUGA